AUGGAGCGGUUGGAGGAGCCCGGCGACGACUUGGAGGACCUUGGUGGUGCUUUGGAGGACCCUGGUGGCACCAUGGGGGACCCUGGUGACGCUUCUGGAGAGGUUGGGGACCCCUGGUGGUGCUUUGGGGGGAUCUCAGUGGUUAUGGAGAGGCUGGAGGACCCCGGCGACGACUUGGAGGACCUUGGUGGUGCUUUGGAGGACCCUGGUGACAGCUUGGAGGACCUUGGUGAUGCUUUGGAGGACCCUGGUGACACCUUGGGGGACCCCAGUGAUGCUUCUGGAGGGGUUGGGGACCCCUGGUGGUGCUUUGGGGGGAUCUCGGUGGUUAUGGAGAGGCUGGAGGACCCUGUUGACGACUUGGAGGACCUUGGUGAUGCUUUGGAGGACCCUGGUGACACCUUGGGGGACCCCAGUGAUGCUUCUGGAGGGGUUGGGGACCCCUGGUGA